ACAAUACUCAAUGUCGACAAGAUCUUCGGCAUGAUCGCAACAUUUUGAGGCAGCUUCAGUCGCUCCUGGAGGCUGUCGCGCGCAGAGGGGCGGGCGGCGGCGGCGGCGGCAUAUCCUGGAUCCCCGCCCGCUGUUCUCGCCUGUACAGUGAUCAAUAGACGUCUCUUCUGUGCUCCGCUCUCUCAACACGAUCGCGGACUCAGUACCCACUCUCAUCUCAUCUUCGUUUGCUUCAGUCGGCGCUCCAGUGACUUGUGGUGUUUCUUGCACAUUUCGACGGUCUAACGGUCUUCCAGCACCUUUGAGAUGAAGUGGUUAGCAUUAUGCGUAUUAGCCGUCGUAUUGAUAACUCUGGCAGUGGCAGACGGAGAGAUAUGGGAGGAAGACGACCAUGAAGUGCUUAUCAGAAGUGAACGAGGAGCCAAGAAUCGUGAAUGCAGAUACGGCAAAGGAGCAUGGUCGGAAUGUGACUUGAAGACCAACAUGCGUUCGCGAACGUUGACAUUAAAGAAAGGCAACCAGACCACAUGCGAAUCCACGAAAACCAUUCAGAAGAAAUGCAAGAAAGCGUGUCGAUACGAAAAAGGGACCUGGGGCGACUGUAAUGCUCAAAGUUUGAUGACGCGAAACGACAAACUGAAGCCCAACAGUGACGCAAGUUGCGAACAGAACCGGCAAAUCACAAAAAAAUGUAAACCUAAAAGCGUCAAACCAACGAAAGGUAAAGCCACUCGUCGCAACAGGCAGUAGAAGAGUGUGGACAACUAGGAUAAAAUCAUUUUCGAUAUUAUAGCAUCUAAGUAAUUCAUUCAUCCUAAUUAUAGUCCUUCGUUUCGCCCCACUUAUGGCUGUGGACUAUUUUGCAAGACCCACUCUUGGGUUGUUUUAGCGCAAUAUAGUCUACACCUAUAAAGACCACUCUCAACCAUUAACCCUCUACGGCCCACUGCCAAUAAAAUCACAAAACUGAUCCUUCUCAUCCCUUCAACUGACCACCCUCAUUACGUAAAGAAUGUAAAUACCACCGCAGAGCCAACUGCGGAGGAAUUUACGCUAAUUUCAAAUGUAUAGAUGUUUGUUGUAGGGUUGUACAAUAGUAUAAUCAUCGAACUAUGUGUGUAAUUAUUACGAUUCAUUUUAAACAUAAUAUUUUCGGUUAUUGUUUCGUAUGUAAUAUUUUUUACUUAACUAUAAAUGUGGAUGUGGAUUUAAUCUAACAAUAUUAUAUCACUGUAUUUGACACAUUCAGACAAAGAAAUAAAAUGUUUAACAUUAA